AUGUCCGUCGUCCAAAAGACCCCCAUCAACAUUCUGCAGCAAGCGUGGAAGAGGAUCGCACCGCUCGAACUGGCGGACAAUUCUUGGGACAAUGCUCCUUUCCCGAAGAACAAUGCCAAGAAGGUUCUGCUUACCAUCGACUUGACAACGGACGUAUGCAACGAAGCACUGGACCUUGAGGGGUGUUCGGUGGUCGUCGCUUAUCAUCCGCCGGUGAGACCUGAAUUCCGUUCUUUAUCACUCAAACUAUCCAACACCCUCCAAGCGUCCCUCUUGAAGCUCUCAGCAAAAGGAAUCAGCGUGUUCAGUCCGCAUACCAGUUUGGACUCGAUCGAGGGGGGGAUCAAUAGUUGGCUGACAACGGCCUUCGGAACCAACCUCAAAUCAUCUACCCCGCUAGAACCCAAGUUCUCAUCCGGUUCUUCUGUACCGGCCCAUCUAGCCGGGUUUGAGGGGGCUGGGAUGGGUAGGUUCGUUGAGCUGCACGAAGGGGUUGAGGCGGGUGAGGCUGUUAGGAGGAUUAAGGGGUUGUUGAAGUUGGAGCGGGUACAAUACGGCGCCCCGGCUCAGGGAUCGAUCAUCAAAACAGUGGCUAUCUGCGCGGGCUCGGGAGGAUCGAUGUUCAAGGACGUCAAGGCGGAUCUGUAUUGGACGGGGGAGAUGGGCCAUCACCAAGCUCUGGCGACGACGCAAGCCGGAUCACACGUCGUCCUCUGUCAUCAUACCAACACGGAACGCGGUUACCUCAGCGCGGUAUUGAAGGACAAGCUUCGGGAAGAGUUGAAUGCGCAAGAGGGGCAGGAUGGGUGGGAGGUCGUCGUCAGCGGGAAGGACAAGGAUCCUUUACUGAUCGUAUGA